AUGAAUCCAUCACGAGCAGUAUUCUCAUCCACCAUCACAACCAACAUCUCGAGGGCCGCAUGCAGACCAGGCGCAACAAGCUUGGGACUCCGUACUAGCCAUGCCCUACUCAAACCCAUAGCCGCAAACACUUCUCGACAGUUCUCAACCUCCCGCAAGAGCCAGCUCGAGUACUUUCCACCACCAAAGAAUGCACCACACAUCAAGCUCACGCCACCGGCAUGGCCUCACGAAGGGGUCACCGAAGAACAGCUCAAGGGCAUUGUAGUUGCUCAUCGAGAGCCGAGGACGUGGUCAGACUGGACGGCAUACAACAUGGUCCGAAUCCUGAGAUGGGGCACAGAUCUCGCUACAGGCUACCGACAUGACCCAAACAAGCCAUAUGUCAUGAACGAGCGCAAGUGGCUGACCCGGUUCAUAUUUCUGGAGACCGUUGCUGGCGUGCCUGGCAUGGCUGGAGCGAUGAUCCGUCACUUCCACUCCCUACGGCGACUGAAGCGAGACAAUGGAUGGAUUGAGACGCUACUGGAGGACGCCUAUAACGAGCGGAUGCAUCUCUUGACAUUCCUCAAAAUGGCAGAGCCCGGCCGCUUCAUGAAGCUGAUGAUCCUCGGAGCCCAAGGCGUCUUCUCGAAUGGCUUCUUUCUGGCCUACCUGAUCGCGCCAAGGAUCUGCCACCGCUUCGUCGGAUAUCUCGAAGAGGAGGCUACUCACACAUACACUCUUGCGAUCGAAGACAUCGCCGUCAAGUACUGGAACAUGCCUGAGGGCCACCGCACGAUGAAGGACCUCUUGUACUAUGUUCGCGCUGAUGAGGCGAAGCAUCGGGAGAUCCAUCAUACCUUGGGCAAUCUUGAGCAGAAGACAGAUCCGAAUCCAUUCGUCAGCGAGUAUAAGGACCCAACAAAGCCUCAUCCCGGCAAAGGUAUCGAGCAUAUUCGAAGUACUGGCUGGGAGCGGGAGGAGGUCAUUUGA